AUGAGUUUCCUCAGAAGGACAACGCUGAGUCGCUACCUGCUGCUGUCGGCCAUGUUGGCUCUUGUCUUCUUCAUCAGCUCCUUCUGGCUGCUACCUCAGGGUGGAGUCCAGGACUGUGGCAGUGUGUGGCAGCCAUGUUUGAGUUUUUACCACCAAACGCCCGAGACUCCAUUGGCCUUUGGCGAGUGGGCGGAGCCAGACGGAGCGCAGCCGUCCCUCAUAAAGGAGUGUCCCAGCCAAUCGUUCCAGGCCUGGCGUCUGCUGCGGCAUUUAAAGUCCAGCAUGGCGGACGACGAUGACGUCCUGCUGGAGCCGUACCUGCAGAGCUGGGACGAACUUCUCAAUUUCAUGGAGUCUCUCGGUACCAUGGUCAGUUUGUUUUCUCAGAAGCUGAAGGAGAAGGUUGUACUGAUACGAGAACUGUCACUCAAACACAGCGGCAAAGAGGCUCAUGGGAAACGGAGUCCGCCUGAACAACUACAAACCUUAUUUGGACUAAAGAAAAGGGCGUAUCGUUCGGUUCGCUCCAUGGUGGAGGCGGAGCUAAGAGAGGGCGUGGUUGACUUCUCCCGCCGCACAGACUCGGGCUGCAGGACGCUGCUGCGGCUGCAUCGAUCUCUGCUGUGGUUGAAGCUGAUGUUGGAGGGUUUGGCUGAAGGACCUGACGCCGAUGGACGAUUCAAAACACCUGGAGAGCUCAGCAGGGACGCCUACGAGGUGGCGCUGGCUCCACACCACCCCUGGCUGCUCCGUCAGGCUGCAGAGCUCGUCUUCCUCGCCCUCCCGGACCGGCAGCACUUCCUGCAGCUGGUGUGUGUGCGGAGCCAGGCGGAGGCCACGCCCACCCUGCGCAUCAUCAUCCACGCCCUGACACCGCUGCACGCGCAGACUCAGCGAAUCCUGAGCGAGCACGACAUGCUGCACCUGCCCUGAACAUGUCUGUGUUUCUGACUGGAUGUAACUGUAAUCGGAUUACUUCUCUCCAGCUUCACCCUCGGCUGCAGCAGCCGCUCCAGCUGCCUCCUCUGCCGGGCGAUCUCCCGCCUGAA